AUGCCUCUCUUCGUUCUCAGCCCCGCCUCUCUGGCGCACUCGGCCCUCUUCGCCGGCUACUACACGUACCUCUCGUCCAACGUCAUUGUCAACCGACUCAGCUCCAACAUCUGGCUCGGCUCUGGCGAUGCUGACAAGGUGCACGGCCCGGGCGACAAGAAGACCCAAACUCCCGACGAGCUUGCCAAGCUGCAGAAGGCCGUGCGUGCCCACGGCAACUUUGCCGAGUCGGCCCCCUUUGCCUUCUUCCUCAUUUUCCUCGCUGAACUCAACGGUGCCCCCACCUCGCUCGUCCACGCCGCCUACACUACCCUCUUUGCCGCUCGUGUCGCCCACGGAAGCAUCGGCAUCCAGGCCGGAAACGGCGCUGCUAUCGGUCGUCCCGUCGGUGCUCUCGUCACCCUCGCUGUCACUCUCGGCGCCGGCCUCUACAACUUGAACCUCGGUUGGGAGCCCCUCAAGUCGUUCCUCGGCUUCAAGUGA